AUGCUAAUUCCUAAGUUCUCUGGGGUACAUCGCUUUGCUUGUUUAUCUCUUUAUCGAGCUCUCCUGCGACAAUGUUCUCCCUCGGCCGGUAGCCCGCCGUGGCGCGGCGAGACAAGAGCUCUCGUCAAGCAAAGAUUUCGGAAAUACAGAAGACUGGAUAGUCCUACUCAAAUAGCAAACUCUCUCAAAGCCGGCUAUCAGACACUCGACCUGCUAGGCUCCGCUUCCAAUGGCAACGACCAAGAUGCCAACAAACUCAGCACCAUCCUUGAACAGGCUAGACAAGCGAAAGCAAAAUUGGUGGCUCAACAAAAACGACUUAGGGAUGAGAAGGCACCGAAGCCCCCGUCUGCCAGAGCUUUACGGACACUGGAAACGAAGCGUUUCGAGGAAAAGACCCGAGUUCGCCAUCCAAAUACACCUUCGAUCUUGAACCGUCCACGCCUGGUUGUCAAAGGAAUACGCAAAGUACCAGUCUUGGUCAAUGCACGGGGACUGCCGUUCUUGCGCAUAAAAAAGCCGCAGCCGAAAAAUUUGAGUGGUGUCAUACGGCAUAAAUUGGAAAGACGGUGGAAGCGCAUCCUGCGCCGAGACAGAUUGACAGUCGAACUUCUUUUCGCAAAGGAUGAGGAUGCUUGGGACGUGUUGACGGGUGUUCAGGAGCCGUCUGCUUGGUCGCGGCAUUACCAACUAGCUCUCACUGAAGUGAAUGACCAGAUUCGGGAAUCGGAUGAAGCCGCUGCGGAACUGGCCCAAAAGAUGUGGAAUAUUGUGCUCAAGGAGCGAGUAUUGGCAGAGGAAGAAGAAAAGCAGAGACGUGCAGAGGCAGAUUCUCUUGCAGGUCAAGAUUGA